UUGGAUUACAAUUCAUCCACUUCGCACUUCGGAAGCUUAGUGAUAUUUUUAUUUCUAAAUUCGGCACUCAAAAUGCAUACGGAUGUAAUUGAAAUGAAAGAAGAGCGAUCAAUUGAGCUGACAUGUAGAUUAUGCUUGACUGAACGUGAACACUAUCAGCCCAUAUUUGAGGAUACUAGUCCAUCAAUGGUAGAAUGGAUUCGUGAUCUCACGUCAUUGGAGGUCGUCCAAAUCCCCAACACACCAGCCUCACUAUGCUUGGAAUGUGUAGGAAUCCUAAAGAAUUUCGAAUCAUUCCGAGCAACCUGUCUGUCUAACGAUAAAUUGUUCGUCGAACUAUUUCUUCAAAAAGAGAUCGUUGAAAUAUUGGACAACCCAGAAGAAAACGAAGCACAAACUCGCGAAAAGGAAUGCUUGGAAAAAGAAAUUGAAGAUAUUCAUGAGGGAAAUCAGGAACAAAUUCUACGUUACGAAAAUCACAAUAUUGCAAUAGAUAUAGUAGAACAUGACGCUCAAACUGACGAGCCGGAUGAAUAUGAAGUAUAUAAUUUGGAUACAGCAACCGAGUCAAAUCGUGAUGGCACAAAUAAAGUUCGGAAACCCAAAAAAUGUAUGUCUCAGUUGGAACCAGUAGCUGCUGACGGUAUUAGCAAAAAAUUAUGUACAAUCUGCAACAAAUUUGUAAACCGAUUGACUCAACAUCAGUUGAUACACAACGAAAUAAGGCCCUUUCAAUGCGAAUAUUGUUCCAAAGGAUUCAACCAGAUGUGCAACCUCAAAAAACACAUACGAAUGCACACCAAAGAGAAACCGUAUCUCUGCAGUUGGUGCGACAAAGGAUUUACGAAUUCGACCGAGUUGAAAGUACACACUAGAAGCCACACACAAGAGAAACCAUUCAAAUGUAAAGACUGCGGUAAAUCGUUCGUCACAUCCGGCCAUUUGGUGCGGCAUGCGCGAUCUCACAGCGGUUUAAAACCAUACUCAUGCGAUGUGUGCCAAGCAAAAUUUUCAACAUCUAGCCAUUUGGUACGCCACAAACGGCUUCACUCGAUGGAAUAUCCUUACAGCUGUUCCGUAUGUGAUGAACGGUUUAUGAGGACUGAAUAUCUGAAGGCUCACAGGUGUAAGCUGUUGAAAAAUCAUGUAAGGAAAUAAAUAACAUAACUGACCA